AUAUUGAAACAACCAAAGAUUUCGCCCAAGAGAGAUCCGAGGAAGGAUCAUACCAAAGAAAUGUUAUAAGUCAGACUGGAAAGGUAGAGCAUUCUACCUUGAUAACCAAACCACAUGAAAGGAGCGUAAUACACACACCAGGAGGAACGAAACGGAAAGGUAUGUUAAUUUGAUAUCAUGAAUAUUAAAAUCAUUAAAUUGAGUGUUCAGGCAAAAAAAAAUUAAAUAGUUUUGACUUUUGAGGUUUGCCGACAUGACAACAUAUGGGGAAUUAAUGUUAUGGAAAGAAUAUAAUUUAUUUGGUUUUAAAUGAAAGAGUUAAAACCGUUAAGCUGCAAUCUGUCAAAACGCACCCAACUUUACUAGUCUAAUGCCAGACAAUUUUUCUUGUGAAGGACAAGUCUUGCACUAACCAACGGGUAUAUCUGCCAAUGAAUGUGUUUAUUUAACCCAUUAAGUUGUGCCAAAAUGCAAUCAACUUCAAUAUUUUAUUCUGUUUUUUAUUCUGAAUAUUUUAUUCAAUUUCAAUAUUUUAUUCUGUUGCACACUGAUGGGUUAAUUUAUAGAAUGGCAUAGGUUAGGUCUAAAUAUAUAAAUUGAUUUGUAAUAUUAAUACAAGAACAUUUUUUUGAAAAUGUUGAACCCAUUAAGUUGUGCCAAAAUGCAAUCAAUUUCAAUAUUUUAUUCUGUUGUAAAAUGUCAGACAAUUUUGCACACUGAUGGGUUAAGUUAUAGAAUGGCAUAGGUUCGGUCUAAAUAUAUAAAUUGAUUUGUAAUAUUAAUACAAGAACAUUUCUUUGAAAAUGUUGAAAUAUUAUUAUCAUCCAACUACUGCAACUGUGUAUAUUAUAGAGCUGUCUUUCUUUCCUUAUGGCAUCUUUGAGAAAUAAAUAUUCAAUAAGAGAUAAAAUGUGAUUUUUUUUUGUUAUAGUUAAUCCUACACAUUAUGCCUUUAAAAUCAAGAUAAGUGAAAUAAUAAAAGAAAAAGUAGUUCAUGUUGAAGGAAAAGAACUUGCAAGUGAUACUAUUAUAUCAAUCUUGGAAAAGGAGUUGCCAGAAUGUAAAGGGUUGUCAAAAACAACUCUUUUGAAAAUAAUCUCCUCAGUUUUAGGAUGUACAUUAAGACAUAUGGGGAAACAGCGGUAUGUUAUUUCUGAAAAAUAAUGCACUCUUUAUGAAAGUUAUACAAAUUAUAUGCCAGGUAACAAAUCAGUUUCCUUUCUUUACAGCUGCUCAUAUUAUAAAGGUGUUACAUUGAGGGGUGAUACUGUAAAGGAAAUACAAGGGGAAGAUGGGAACUCAUCUGUCAUCAUUGGUAUGGUCUUAAAAUUAACAGCUUAGAAAUACAUUACAGUUUGUUUAUACUGUAAAAUUAUUAUAAUGUCUCUAUCGGUCAUUGUGAAUUAAUGCACCCUAAUUUUACUCCAACAUUAAUAUUUUUGUAUCUGCCUAAUAUACUUUGUGUGUUAACCAUUGCCUCAAUGCAGCCCAGUGUGCCCUACUUAUUUUUUUUACUUGUCUAACGGCUGACAAUUUUACUCAUCAAUGGGGAAGUUCUGCUGCUUAAUGGGUCAACCAAAAAAUCUGACAAUGUCUCUAGUUAACCCAUUGAGCAGCAAUGCACCCAGUGUGCCCUACUUAUAUAUUUUUACUUGUCUAAUGCCAGACAAUUUUACUCAUCAAUGGGAGGCUAUGCAGCUUAAUUGGUUAAUUGAAUAAUUAAAGGCUGUCACACAAAUUCAAAUGGGUACCAUAGAGUACAGUAUAUUGUUAGUAACGUGACUGACAUUGCAAUUGCUUCUACACAUUAUAAAAGACAUUCAUUUGUUUAGUCUGCAUGGAAAUUCUCUGAUCUAUUAAAUGUAUGUUUACACACAAUGAUUAAUCAGGCGAAUUCAUAUUUGAUUGCAUGAUGUUUGAAAAAUAUGCUGUCAACGUCAUCUGAUUGCAUGAUCAACUACUAACAACAUUCUUCAUCAAAACCUGAAAUCACCCUGAUUAAUGGUUGUGUGUAAAUGUAUCUUUUAAAGAGAGUAUGUGAAGUAUCUAAAAGCAUUCAGUAACCACAUUAGUCAUCACACAAAAUGUACAUUUCUUUUCCCUUCCUUCUUAAUCCUGGCCCCUUGCUAGCAAAAGUAUUAAUUUAUUAUUGAAAUUUUCAAACAAUGUCCAAAAAGUAACAGUGUGGGUAAUCUUAAUUUUUAUAUUAUACCGUAGGUAUGCCUGGUCCAUCUGUUAGUCCAAGUAGCAGAUCGCCAAAAUCUAAAGUUGCAAAAGGUAGUGUAGUCAUUACAGUAAUGUAAAAUUAAUAUGCUUAAAUGUUUUUUUUUCAAAAUAUGUCUAUAUGUAGUUCUGUGGUACAGUACCUUACAGCUGUAUCUAGUUGUAUCCAGAAAUUUUACUGCAUCUGAAAUUGUUCACAUCUACUGUAACAUGCACAUGCACAAAAUUAUUUUCAAAAACAAUAGUUUUAUAUCUAUGCUAAUUUAAUUGAAUACAUGUUCAGGUGAUGAUUUGCUGCCACACCCAAGGUCUCCUGUCAAAUGCCGUACUAAGCUGCUCCUUUCAGGUAAGAUAUUAUUUGAAUUAAAUAAUUUAUUUCUCUGUUUAUCAUGUUGUCUGCACUGUAACUUUGAUAAACUCAAACGGUCUGUGCUAGUGUACAGUAUGUAUUGACGAUAACACCAGAAAGCAGCUUUCUAGUGUAAUUUACCUGUAACACAUAUUAAUUUUGUGUUUCCUCCUUUUGCCUACAUUGAUACAGAUACUAGUGUUGAAGAACCUAAUGAAGGCAUGAUGUUAAUGAUGGACCAGUUGCAUCUGUCUAACCCUGGUAAGAGCUUUAUGUACAAAUGUUUUUGUUUUCUUGGGCAUACAGUGACUCAACUGCUGAUUAGAUAUGUCAACUGUUUUAAGGUCUGUUUACACUUGCAAUUUCAGCUGUGAUUUCUAGUGUGAUUUAUCUCUUCUGAUGCAAUUGACGAAUCUGAGAAUGUAGCUAUUAUACCCUCAACUGAACAUUCUUAACUCAUUCACUAGUUCAUUUAAUAUUGCAUUUAAAAUCCCAAAAAGGCCGCUAGUGUACCAAACCAGAUAGCAAAUUAUAGGUUUUGAUCAGAACAGACUCAUUUAAUACAUCAUUCAAAAUAUGAUUGUAUCAAUAGUCUAAUAGAACAAGAUGAUUUCAAAUAAUAAUUUACAAAUUAAUUUUCAUUACAUAUUUAUGGAUUGAGAUCAGAUUUCAUCCUGACUUCUGAUUUAAAUUUUCAGAAUGAAAGACUGAACACAUUUAUACUGUAUAUAAAUAUGUUGCAUGAACACAUACAAAGGUAUAAGUCAAUUUGCCUCUACAAUCUUCUUUUACAGAGCUCAAAGGACAGUUUGCAAAAAUACAACACGAUUUGUGUCUUGCACAGCAAAAGAUUCAGAACCUUGACGUAACAUGCAAGAAUUUUGCGCAAGAGAAAACAGCUUUGGCAGAACAAUUUAGUCAAUUGGGUGACAAAAUUGAGCUGUAUGAAAAAACUGCAAGUGCUAUUAUAUCUACUCAAGAUGAAAUAAUAUAUUCGUACAAAGAAAUAAUAGGCAGUGGCAAUCUUCUUGGAGGUCUACUCACUAUUUCUGAAAAGGACGCAAUAACUGGCGAGGUGAAAACAUUGCGAACAAUUCUUAAUCUUGGUUUAAGAACCAAAGGUGUUGUUGACAUUGCAGAAAAGUUUGAUCCAAUGCUAUUUUCGAAUAUUGCUCAUAAAGUUCACCAUCAGUGUCCCACGAUUACCAACAUUCUAGAGCAGCUAGUACUGACUAGAAACACGUCAAGAAACACUUUGAAAACAGCAGACAUGAAAAUGAAAGAUUCCAUUCAUUUAUUGGCUUCCCUUAUGGAUGAGCGCGACCAACAUGCUGGUAAUGAUAUACCCAUUCUUUUUGGUUUGGUGUGCUUGUGCUAUGGUUCCGGCCCUUCAAUGAUCCAGAUCAUGCAACAUUUGGGACUUUCUGAAUCCUCCGAAGUUUUGUAAGUUUUAUAUAAAUUUAGUACAACAAUCUAGAAACACCCUCAUAAAAUUCUGUGUUGUUAAACUUAAAAAUAAGCUAUUUAAAUUAGGCUCCAGGGGGGGGGGGAAUUUCCUAGGAAAUUUGGUGAGGGAGGGGGCCAAAUUUUUUUGUUGGGGCAAAUUUCCUAGGACAGAGGCUCGACUAAGCCAAAACUCGUCAGCGCUUCCCCGCCAUGUAUUCGUAAUCACUCGCGUUGUUCCUAGCCAGUGUGCUUAAAUCCCCCGAACAUUUUGAAUUUAUUAUAUUUUGUUUGGGGGAGGGGAGGUGACUGUACAAUGGGUAUUCUGUGUAUUUACGCUAACCAGAAUUUAAUUAAACAGUCCUGUAACUGAAUAACCAGCCUGUAAAUCCGGUAACGAUAUAAUUGCUGAUAUAAUUAAAUAUAUCAGCAAUUAUAGUUGAUAGUUGAUGAAAAGGUUCGUUGUUGUCCUAUUUAUUCUCUUUUACUUAAUUUCUAGGACUAACGUAUUAACAAAACAACUGAAUAAUUACAAGGAAAUCAUAAAUCUUCGGGUGGCAGAUGAUCAAACAGUUAUUACUUAUCAGGAUAAUUUGCAAAUGAAGAGAACAAGUAUGCGCCAUCUUCGUUUGUCAAAAUUACAAAAGGAGAAAAUGAAACAAAAUAAAAUGUGGGAUUUUACAGUAAGAGGCUGGCGGGUGGCUGACUCCGAUGGUAUUGAAGAUGUUUUUAAAGACAAAAAUACUGCUGUAACACCUCAGAGGAAACUUUCUUCGCUUAAAUAUGAUGACACGAAGAUAGGUAAAUAUAUCUAAUUAGCGAACUAAAAAUAGAAUUUUAGGAGAAAAAAAAAUUAUCGUAAAAUGUAACGCAUUUUAUACCCUGCACCCAAGUCUCUCUAAUAACUUCAUGUGUAUUGAAUUAUGUAAAAAUGAAUUUGAUUGUGUGCAUAUAUUCUAUAGAGUCUAACAAAGGAACAUAUGGACAAGUGGUGCGCGUAUAAGAAAAGAAACCUUCUACAGAAAAUGGAUAAUGCUCUCAAUUCUGUGACAUUGUCUAAAGAAGAACUGAAGUGUGCGUCAGACGAGGUCUAAAAACAAUCCACGAGUGGGGAUUCAAACUCACGUAUGUUUGAUAUAGAUGUUCCACCGGCCUUAACAGAAUUUCCUGAAUAUGCCAACAACGCGACAAAGAUUUACCCGUUGCCAAUAUCGCAAGAAAAUCAGGUAAAGAUUGUGGGUGUGGCUGGAAAUCUUGACCUUUUUAAUAGAGAGUUCAAUUUUAAAUCGGGCCGAGAUAAAAAGUAUCUACCUUUGCAUACUAAUGGUAAAGAGUUUGAUUUAGAUCGUGCGUACGAGCGAUACGCAUUUAUGAAAUCUCUGGAACGACAUAAAGAGGCACAACGACGAUAUGAACAAAUCUUACGGCAUGAACCUGUAGAUAAUGAGGAAAUGUUGGAAGAUUGUGGGGAAAGUGACAGCGAUAAUAGUGAGGAUUCUGACUAG